CGACAAGCUCGUCACAUUGAUCGUCAAUUAGAUGAACAUGAACUUGAUAAUCCACAAAUAAUCGAAGUCACAAAUAAUCGGCCGCACAAUCAUCGCAAUCAUCAUCGUCAGCAUAACAAAAGUAAACGUUUGGAAUUGCAAUUGCCAUUAAAAACGAAUGGUAAUGCCAAACAUGGCAAGCAUGGCCAUAAAGGUGGAAAGGCUCACCAUGAGGAUGAUCAUCAUCAUGAAGAGUACGAUGACGAGGAUGAGGAAGAUGAUGACGACGAUCAUGUUCAUGGCAAACAUGGCCGUAAAGAAGAGGUUGAUGAUGAUGAAUAUGAAUACGACGAUGAUGAGUUAUAUUCCGCUGAUGCCUUAAAUAAUACCAAAAAAGCCGAAGUCGAUGUCGUCUUUUUCAAUCGUGUUCCCAAAGUUGGUAGCCAAUCGUUAAUGGAAUUAAUGCAACGCUUGGGUAAGGUCAAUCAUUUUGUACACUCCCGUGAUGUGGGUAAGCCGCAUGAGACCAUUUUGCUGCCACCACCCAAGCAAAAGGAAUUGAUCCAUGAAAUCUAUAAUCUAACACGACCACGCAUCUAUAGCCAGCACAUUGCCUAUAUCAAUUUUACGCAACAUCAUAUGCCUCGGCCGAUUUACAUCAAUUUGAUUAGAGAUCCCAUUGAACGCAUCCGCUCAUGGCAUUAUUAUGUACGUGCCGAAUGGUAUUAUCGCGAUUUGAAAGCCAAAUUGGGCGACAGGGCGCCAAAAAUGCCACCCAAGGAAUUUAUGGAAAUGGAUUUGGAUACAUGUGUCAAGACGGGCAAUAUCCAUUGUCAAUUCAAUCAAAUGCAGGUUAAAAACCCGGCUGGAGAUCAUCGUCGCCAAACAUUGUUCUUCUGCGGGCAAAAUAAGAAAUUGUGCAUGCCCUUCAACUCCAAAGCUGCCAUGCAAAAAGCCAAACGUACUGUCGAAGAAGAUUAUGCUGUCGUGGGUACCUGGGAAGAUACCAAUAUAACCUUAUCGGUUUUGGAACAUUAUAUACCGCGAUUCUUUAGGAAUGCCAAAACUUUAUAUUAUGAGGGCAAAGACCGUCUCUCUCGUGUCAAUAGGAAUAAUGUCACACGACCCAUUAGCGAAGAGACCCGCAUGAUUUUGAGUAAAAAUUUGACUCAUGAAAUUGAAUUCUAUGAAUUCUGUAAGCAGCGUUUGUAUUUGCAAUAUAAUGCCAUCAGUGAUGGCAAAUCUUUGGAUAAUGAUGAUUAUAUGCUAAUACCCGAUGACGAAUAUGACAAUGAGGAAGAAGAGGAGUAA